AUGGUGGCUUGGUUUGAGUGCUCGGCGACAAUAGAUGAUGUUGUCCAAAGUUCUCCAUGGUAUUAUAUAUCUUGCGGUGAGUGCCACACAAAAGCAACCAAAGGGCCUACUUCUCUAAUUUGUAACAAUCCAAAGUGUGAGAAAGGGGUGGUUGAGGGCACUCCACAGUACAUCACAAAAAUUUCAGUAUAUGACAAGAGUGACCAAGAAUUUUUUGUCAUUCUUGGUGAUGCUGGUCACCAGCUAACAGGAAAGCAUGCAUCAGAAUUAGUUGCACGUUACUUUGAGGCUAAUGAGAGCAUAGGAGCUGAUCAAUCAGUACCGGUUCCGCAAGCUCUACUUGAUACCAUUGGGCAGACCCGGAAAUUCAUUGUCAAGGUCUCAAAGCACAACUUCACAGGCAGUAUCCAGUCCAUAACUGUGACUAAGGUACUUCCACCAGAAGCCCCACAUCCUAUAGCACUUUUGGAAGAGGAUGCAGUUGAAGAGUAUAAUCCUUCUGAAGAUGUUGGAGAACCUGAUGAUGCUAGGAAUAGGAAGGCUUCUGAAACUCUUGAGCCAAAGGAAACCAAACGUGCUGAAAGUGGCUAA